AUGCCUAACAACAUCGAAGCCUCCGUCAUCGUUCCCCUAAAGAACUCGGGAUUUUCCAAAAUCCUCGACCACCUCGAGAAAGGCGCCGUCGCCGAAACGGCCAUUCUCUCCCCAGAUCACUUCCUAGAAAUCAGCGACAUUCUAGGACAGUCAGAUGUCAACAUCGCCGCCUCUGCAUCACUGGUGAUAGACAUCAUCCGCACCACGCGACACUUAGAAAUAUCGGUGAACCGUGAAGACUUAGACCCAGCAACUAGAGCCCUCAUAGUGCUGGAAGACCAGAAGAAAAUCCGCGCAAUGGCGCUACACCUCCUCCCCGACAACUUCAGCGACCUUGUAGACAUCGCGAAGAAACGCGUUGGAGAGAGAUUAGAAAGACCCCCGCGCCCUACCAAGAAAGCGCGAGUAGACCGCACCUGCAUCUGUCGACGAUGCGGAGGAUACGGACACACCUUUAGAAAGUGUCCAGACGCUGUGUGCUGCAUCUGCAGCGAAAUCGGACCCAACCACCUGUCGGUCCAUUGCCCUCAACUCGGAGAAGAAUCAUCCCUCCCAGAGUUUCGAGACGACGAGGAAUACUACGAACUCCUCGUAGAUUGGGAGAAGAACCACGUCGCGCUAGAAGAACUAAUCGCGAACAACCCCGCGCCGCGCUCGCCCACUCCCUCCUAUACCCGCAGUACCACUGCCACUCCAGACGAAGAAACCCGGGAGAGAGUUUUGUCGUAG